AUAGACCCCAGACCAAAAGUGCCCAAAUAAAUGGGAUAUCUGGACAAAUUAAAAACUUUAAGCAAAAUUAAAUUAUAUAGGUUCCAGGAGGUCAAAGUUGUUACUGCUUCUUUUGGCUCUCUGUUGAUACCUCACUUACCUGCCUGUUAGCUUCAAAGGGUCAAAACACAUACAGAAAGGAAAUCAAACAAUCAUUCUAAGAUUCGGUCAGGGAUGGUUUCAAGAACAGUAGUUUUUUCAAUGAUUGGUCUUCUAGGAAUGGUUUAUCAAGCUACGGAGCUUCCGCCACCACCAGUAGAGAAGGAUAAUCCUCCUGAUUCAUCAUCAAGAAUCAGACUCCGUGAUGGAAGACAUUUGGCUUACAUAGAGAGAGGAGUUCCCAAGGACAAAUCUAAGUACCAGAUUGUCAUUGUUCAUGGAUUUGGAAGUUCAAAAGAAAUGAACUUUCUAGCUCCUCAAGAACUGAUAGAGGAGUUGGGGAUAUAUUUUCUGCUGUACGAUCGAGCUGGAUAUGGAGAAAGUGAUCCGAACCCAAAACGAACUGUAAAGGGUGAAGCACUUGAUAUUCAAGAACUUGCUGAUCAGUUGCAGAUAGGAUCAAAAUUUUAUGUAAUAGGAGUCUCAAUGGGAUCAUACCCCACAUGGAGUUGCCUCAAACACAUACCACACAGGCUUGCAGGUGUAGCACUAAUAGUGCCGGUUAUCAAUUAUAGAUGGGCUUCUCUUCCUCGAAAUUUGAUAAGAGAUGACUACAGGAGAAAGCUUAUCCGAUGGUCACUUUGGUUUUCAAACUAUGCUCCUGGACUAUUACACUGGUUUGUUACUCAGCAAUGGCUACCUUCAACUACUGUGCUGGAAAAAAACCCACUUUUCUUUAGCACUCAAGACAUUGAAAUCUUGAAGAAAAUACCAGGAUUCCCAAUGUUAAGCCAGGAAAGAUUACGACAACGAGAUGUUUUUGAUACACUUCGUGGUGAUUUUAUGGCAAGUUUUGGAGAUUGGGACUUUGAUCCUAUUCAGCUAAGAAAUCCAUUUCCUUCAAAUGAAAGUUCUGUUCAUAUCUGGCAAGGUUAUGAGGAUAAGGUUGUACCAUUUCAACUUCAAAGAUAUAUUUCAGGAAAGUUACCAUGGAUUCGAUAUCAUGAAGUUCCUAAUGGUGGGCACCUAAUUGUGCAUUACAAUGGUUUAUGUGAGGCUGUUUUGAAGGCACUUUUACUUGGAGAAGAACCUCUUAAAUUAGAACAGGUGCAUCCAUGAUUGCUACUUAAUUAGUGACAUGAUUUCAUUAUUCAAAAUGUUUUUCAUGUAAUUAGGUUGAUUUUUUUAAGGGUGUAUACUAGCUCCAUUUGAAAGGUUGAAGUGGAUAUGAUUCUUUCUCUUGUGUGUUCAUGCAUUUAUAUAGAAACUUUACCUUGAAUCACAUGUAAGCAUAAAUUCCCAUGUAAAUGAAAAGGCUCGUUGGAAUUGUAUAGUCAUUUUAACAA